AUGGAUCUUAAGCCACCAGAGUUUGAUGCUUCACCAACUUCUAUUGAACCUCAGAAGUUCAUUGAUCGUUAUGAAAAGAUAUUGACUACGUUGGGGUUGAAGGAGACUCGUGGUGUGGAAUUUUCCACUUUCUUAUUCUCAGGGUUUGCAGAGUCUUGGUGGAUUUCGAUUCAGAGAGGUAGACAAGCAGGGUUACCACCUAUUACUUGGUCAGAAUUUUUAGCACUGUUUAAGGACAGGUUUAUUCCAUUAAGCAAGCAAGAUGUCAGUUCAAUACAGAGGACGGGUAAUAGCUCAUAUCAGCAGAUACAGAGGACGGGUAAUAGCUCAUAUCAGUCAGGUUAUCAUCCGAGGUGUUCUAACUGUGGUAGAAAUCACAGUGGUCGUUGCUUUAGAGCAAAUGGGACUUGUUUUACUUGUGGUGAAAAAGGGCAUAUUGCUAAAUAUUAUCCUAAGGGUGAUUCUGGUGCUAGUCGAGCUACUACACAACUGCAGGGAACUACUACAGCUACAUAG